AUGGCUACCACCAGCAACACGACGACGACCGCCGGCGAAACGAACGGCAGUAACGUGCCACAGUGGAAAAGAGACUUGAUUCAGCGUCGUAGGCAACAGAGCAAAGUUCUCGCGAGCAAUGGAGCCAGUGUGAAGUUAUGUUCGGCGGUGAUUGGUUCGUCGACAACGUCAACGGUGACGACGGCGGCAACGGGCGGGCCGACAGAGUCAGUGGUCGAUUCGACCGGCGGUCAAGAGCACUGCGUAACCGGCAAUGCGUCGUCGAGAUCGCGGACAACGAGCAACGGAGAGGACAGUGGAAACGUGGUGAAUAACUCGAAUGGUAUGCUCGGUGGUGGCAUCGGUGGAAGCGCCAUAGCUGGUGUCGUUCUGUCUUCUUCGCCGUUUUUCUCGAGAGGGCCGAUGUGUGGCGCCAUCGUCAGCAGCGGGACGGCUGCCGCGACCGACGUAGCCCCGGCAGUCGCGUGCAACAUGCGUCUCGAGGUGGAUCUGUUGUUCUGCUCCGACUCGGAGGAUGUUGCGAACGACACUGUGACCAAGUCAUCGGCCGACACGGAACGAAAAUCGGAACGCGGCGACGGCACAGAGAUGGAGGAUGCGAAGCAAGACGGGAAGGCCAGUGACCUGUUGGCGAUUUGCGACGAUCAUCGCCGCACCUCCCGCACCAACAAAGUCGAGAGGGACAUGCUGGCGGACUUGUCGAAAAUGAAAGCUGGCCAAAUCGAGAUGGAAAUAGUUAGGAAUCGGACAGCAUGCAGCGACGACGGGGAAAGCGACAGCUCGGAGGAGCUGCAGUACGGGCCGGGGAUCGUGAAUAAACUUAAGAGCAAAUAUCUCAAUCUCACGCUGAAAGAGAUGAACAAGAGCCGCGUCUCGGUGCAACGUUUCAGACGCGCGGCCAGUUUGGAAGAUCUGUUGGAUUGCGACGACGAGUCGGGAGAGAAAAACGCGAGGAAGUACGCAAAGAGGACGAGCAUCGGCGUCGCAACGAAAACCGACAGGUACAGGAAUGCUUGCCGCGGCAACGAGUCCAUGAAACGGGCGCGAAGCGUCGAGACUUUGAUGAGGUACAAUGGCACGGACGAAGUCGGCAGUACUCAUGGUAUAUCCGGUCACAUGGCGGCGACCAACGGUUUGAAACAAGAGCCGGUCAACGAUCACAUUAUCCUGAUCGAUCGGAGCUCGGUGAAAAUAGAAAGUCGGCUGGGCGAGUUGGACAGGCCGAAAGCCGUGAACAAGCCGAAAAGAAUCAAACCGUUGCUGGCGGAAACGGAAAGGCCGCCGCCGGAUCUAGUCAAGACGACGAUGAGAAUCUUCGAGGGGUCGGCGAAGAAGCUGAAACCAAAGGGCGAGGUGGCCGCGAAAGUAGCCACGUUCAAGACCAUCAACGACACGUAUAAAGCCCAGACGCAAAAGAAGAUAGGUCCGAAACCACCGAUUCAACCUAAGCCGUUCGUCAAUGGGAAUUCCAGGCCACCAGCGUCGCCGAAGAAGAUCGUGUUGCCGCAGAAGCCAACGGCCGAGUUGAUCGAGACCCAAGACGGCCGAGAAGAGUAUCACAUGGACGGGGUAUUAACAGAUCCCAUAGUGCAGUCGGUGUCGUCGGUGGUCAGCAAGUUCCAGCAGAUCGAGAAGUCGCAUUCCCCGUCCCCGUCCCCUGAGCCAUCCUUCAAAUUGAAAUUCUCGCCUGCGCCCAGUCCCGAGCCUCAAUCAAGUAAAUUAAAAUCCACUCUAGAGAUCAGCGUCAAGUCGCCACCCGUAACGCCUGUCCUUUCCCCCAGGAUUUCCUCGCCCAGGUUGCACAGCCCGUCGUCCCCAAUGAAGGACACACUCAGGCAGAGUUCGCCGCGUGUUCACAGCCCUCCAUCCCCGAUGAAGGAUCUCGCCAGACAGAAUUCCAGCCCCGUCCACAAGCCUCCACCGAGUCCCAACAGCAGAGAACUGCAUCGACAAACGUCCGUUCCUGAAACUGGCAAGUUGUCGCGACCUCAAGUUGAAGAGAGCACGAAUGUCGUCAAUACGGAACAACAUCCGCGACAGCAACAGCCUACGGAGAGGAUACGACACAGUCCCACGGAACGAGAGAAACCCGAGGAGAACAAAUCGUCGCCUAACGUCGAUAACGCGGAUCACAGCGACGACGAACUGACGGAAGAGGUCGAUGGCCCAAAGACCAUCUCCAAAACUGCUUUGGAGAACAUCGCGAGAACUGGCGUCACGAUGCAGUUUAGCUUUAGCGACAAAUCCAUCUGCAACAAGAGUUACUUGCCAGGAUUCAAGCAGAACGGCCAGAAACCAGCGGACGAGCACCAGACGGAUACUCGAACCGAAACGAAGUCGUCGUCGCCGUUAGAACCUCCUCGGGGCAAAUCGUUUUUGUCCGCAGGUUCCACGAACGCCGUAACGGAUCACGAGGCAGUCUCUAGGCUACAAGAGAGGUUAGAGCCGGACAAGUACGACAGGAAGAUCGAGGCCAAUAAAGAGGACACGGACGUGAAAACGAACAUUGAGACCAAGCCGAUCGGUGCUAUUUGCAGUCUGGGUCUGAUCAAACCUUCCACGAAUACUUCGUAUCCGCAGGCGAACGAGUUGAAAACGAUAAAAUGCCAAAAAACCGAGUCUCCGCCCCAAAAACAAAUCGGCAUAAUAAGACCGCUUGUCUCCACCAAGACGCAGCAUCCUCAACAGAAUCUGAGCAAUCGGGAAUUGGAGAAGAAUCUGAUCAAUCGGGUGAAAAGCAUAGAGCAACCAACCAAAGUGGUAGUUAGCUUGAAGAGCGCCGACGAAAUACAACCAGCGAAAAAGUCUGGCACGGGUGGCGCCGGAUUAUGGGAGACGAAGCCCUGGAACCAGCAAAACAACACCAUGGUGUUUAAUUUCAGUAACCGGAAGGACGUGCCUGAUUAUAUCGAGAACGACGGACUCAUCAUCAAAAAGAAACGGGAGAAGCCGAAGGUGAGUCAUCGGUAUAAGUUUCUUAUCUUGUUCAGCCUCUGCUAUAUCGUUGAAUUGAUUGAAUGCAAAUUAUGCAUAGACUUUUAG